AUUAUAUUUUUCCUCUAUUUUCAUAGAGUAAAAUUUUUGUCCAUGUCUUCUUUGAACAACCAAAAGAAAUGUGCAGGAACGACUCAUUAAUCAAACACCCAAUUCGUAAAUCUCGAACCAAAACCAGACGACCCAAAUUCCUCAGUCUUCGAUUACAGUUAACUUCUCCCAAAUCACCACCGAUGAUCCACCACCCACCACUGCCACCGCCACCUCCUCCGCCUCAGAAACAGCUAACUCUGUUUCCCCUGCAUCCGGAGAAUCUACAAGUAGAAGACAGAGAAGACGACGUCGCCUUCAUCUUCGAAAACGACGAUGUCGUAAGUAGCAGCUGCUGCAGCUUACAAAGCUUUCUCCCAUGUUACCAAAACGAGAUGUCAUCGGAGGAAGAGUCUCGGAAUUUGGUGGAGGAGGCAGAGCUUGUACGGACGGCGAUGAGGAACAGAGAAAGGGAAACGGGGGUGGAGGAGAAAUGGGUUUGUUAUUCGGAAGUGGUGGAGAAGAAGGAGGAGGAAGUGACGAGUACGGCGGCGGAUGAGUGGGUUAAGAAGGUUAAGAUGAUGAAGAAGAAGAAGAAGAAGAAGAAGAUUAAGAUGGAGAUGAUUGGGAAACAGUUAUGGUUGAAGCUUGAUUAUGAAGGGAUAUUGAACGCUUGGCCUGAUAAAGCUCCUCUGUUCAUCAAUGGAGAAUCACCUCAGACCGUUCCUGAUCUUCAUGAUGAUCCAUAUCUCUGCUCUGAUUCUCUUCUUAGUAGAAAUGUGAUGGAUGGAAUAGGAAGUGAAGGGCAUAAUAGCAGUAACAAUACUAAUAACAAUAGCAGCAGUAAUGUGUGGAAAGUCCCAGAAAUUGGAAUAAUGAAGAAAGAAGAAUUGAUAUUAGAAGGAAAAGAAGGAUGGAAAAUGGGCCAGAGAGAGGCGAGUGUUUUGAGAUACAAAGAAAAAAGGCAAAGCCGUCUUUUCUCCAAACGUAUUCGCUAUGAAGUCAGAAAACUCAAUGCUGAAAAGCGUCCCAGAAUGAAGGGUCGUUUUGUGAAAAGAAGUUGAGAAAGUGAAGAAACAUAUCAUUUUGGACAUAAAGGGCAUUCCAGGAAAUGCAGCAAUGUAGUGUUCUCUUUUCUUCUUUUAAAAUAAUUUCAUUGUUUUUUUUUUCUCUCUACUUUCAUAGAUAAUAUGUUGUAAUAAUAAAAUAUGAUAAAUGUUAAAUAAAAAACAUUGGUUUAGGGAAAAAAAAAAACCUUCAUACUUGUCCAUUAACAAGUAAUGAAAUGAGUAUUGAGUAAUGAGUGGUGUGUCAAUCAUCACAUUAUGUGGUUUCCAAUCCCAUUAACAUUCAAAAUAUUAGACAUGAACUAAUAUAUUAACGA